AUGCUUACACAAUCUUGCAAGUGUGAUCUAAAGGACUGUUCCUGUUGCAAAGACUGCUUUAACUGCCUAAGUUACUUGUACAGUGAAUGUUGUAGCUGCGUUGAUAUGUGUCCCAAACCCAAUGAUACCCAGACAGAGUUAUCUAAAUCAUCUCAUGUGGAAGAGCUUGCUGACGGAGUGCCAGGACUGUUUGCUGCAUUGACCAGUGAGCCUGACCCACAGCAGAGAUGGCUCUCAAUUACCUACCCAGUUGAUAUUGAUCUAUCUGCAUACAGACCAGGAAAUCCUGAAAGGCAACUGGUAUAUCAUUUACAGAGCGUGGAGCAAGAGUCAGAGCCGGUGAGCCGUGACGUGGUCACCUUCAACUGCACUGUAGCGUACAUGUCGCAGUGCAUGUCGUGCGACAAAUGCCGAGCCUCUUGUCGAUCCAUGGGCUCCAAUAGUUUUAGAUGGUUUCAUGACGGCUGCUGCGAAUGCAUCGGUGAGAAGUGUCUCUACUACGGAAUCAAUGAGAGCAGAUGUCUGUCCUGUCCCGGUGGCAAGGAGACCGCGGUUAAUUCUUUAGAAGACGACUUGAAUUAUGACGAUCUUGACUACGGAGAGGAUGUGGACGCUCAAUCUGUAUAA